AUGCUCUUGAAAAUAUCGGUGUUCCUCAAGAUAAUUAUUGUUCGAAGAACUGUCAAGAAAGUUAUAUGGAAACGAAGAAGACGGCCGUAUAACGAUCAUAGAGAUAACGCGGCGAUUAUUAUUGAGUUCUCAAACGUGUGUCCUUUUCGUUGGAAACGUGGUGCGUUCGCGUGCUCAUACUGCCCGAAUACCUUCGGUCAUUUCAAAGAUGUUUGUGCCCACACUCGGGAACACACCAGUCGAAUAGAGGCAAUGAGAUACGCUCGACCGUAUGAUAACAUUAAGAUUGAAGUCAGCAAUCUUAAAUGUGAAAUUUGUAACGAAAACUUGGGUACAUUGGAAGAUUUGAAAUAUCACUUGAUUGACGUACAUCAGAAGCCAAUUUUAAAGCAUCUAGGUUUGGGUGUUACACCGUUCUUGCUUCAGGAUAAAGAGAUGCUCUGUACGCAUUGCGGCGAACGUUUCUCGUUGUUUUCGAAAUUAAAUAGCCACAUGAACGAGCAUUACCCCAACAACAUAUGUUUUCAUUGCGGCAAAUCUUUUACAGCUGUACAUAGAAUGAAAGCCCACCAGCUUACUCACGAAACGAACGACCAGAAGCACAAAUGUUCUAAAUGCGAUGAAAUCUUCGAAACUAGGGUUUUGAGAAACUAUCAUAUGAACACAAAGCACAGCCCGAUAAACCGAUAUAGAUGUCCUUAUUGCAAUUUGUCGUUUAAGCGCUACUCAGAUAGAUUAAGACAUUUGAAAGAACUUCACGGUCAAACCAUUGAGUAUCCCUGCCACUUGUGCUCAUCAGUGUUUGCAAUGUCCGAUCAGCGAACUAAACACAUAAAGAAUGUCCAUAUAAAACAUAAACAGUUCCAAUGUGAUUUUUGCCCUAGUAAAUUCGUGACUGCCGGGCAAUUGAAGAAUCACAUGGUCAAGCACACGGGAAUACGAAGAAACUCAGCAGAUGUUGACAUAAAACAGGAAAUGGAUAUAGAUAUGGAAAAUUUUGUGUACGACAGCAUGGCUAGAGCUGAGGUUGUGAAGCGGAGAGCUGAAGGCAAUGAAAGAAGAGCCGCGUUUAGGAAAAAUAUAAAAAUAAUUAUGACGUCAUCCACCGCGUACCCGUUUAAAUAUAUAAAGGGGACAUACUUGUGUUUCUUUUGCGAAAAUUCAUUUCUCGAGCCGGAAAAAUUGAGGGAACACACCCAAAAAGUACACACAGACCGAGCUUUUAAACUAAAGAAAUAUGAGCCCUUGAAAAUGGAUUUUUCGGCUUCGAUUUGUAAACUAUGCGGCACUGGUGUGGAUGAUUAUUUAAACUUGAAAGCACAUUUGCUUGAACACGGUAAAAUAUUGGAUAGCACCCAUGGGGAAUCAAUUCUGCCAUACAAGUUGACUAAGGACGACCAUAGCUGCCAAAUAUGCGGAAAACGAUAUGAGAUGUUUCUAAGUCUUCACCGCCAUAUGAAUGAUCACUACGAACACUUUAUCUGCGAAACAUGUGGCAAAAGGUUUGCCACCACACAAAGACUAUUGAACCACUCACGGACUCACGAAAGAAGAGAUUUUCCUUGCAAGCAUUGUGGAGAAACAUCCUCAUCAUACGCUGCGUUAUACGCGCACAUUGCAAAAGUACAUAGACUAAAUAAGAGAUACAAAUGUCCUAUUUGUGAUGAAAAGUUUGCUUCCUAUAAAUAUAGGAUAAAACAUUUGAAUACGGUGCACGGUGAAAAAACUACAUUAUUCCCUUGUCCCUCAUGUCCAAAGGUAUUUGAUCUCUGCAGUCGCAGAACCGCUCAUGUUAGGUCACAUCAUCUGCAAGAAAGGAAUCACACUUGUACCGUCUGUGGAAUGAAGUUCUUCAGUAACUAUGAGUUGCAGGAGCACAGUGUGAAGCACGUCGGUGCUAGGAUAUACCAGUGCGAUGUUUGUAAGAAAUCAUAUGCCAGGUUAAAAACAUUGAGGGAACAUAUGCGUAUACAUAACAACGAUAGAAGAUUCGUUUGUCCGGCUUGCGGGGCCUCGUUUAUACAGAAAUGUAGUUUAAAACAACAUGUCAGAGUGCAUCAUCCCAUACAGGUUAAGACUGAUAUGUUUUAG